UGUUACUUGGCAGCACUAUGCACAAAGUCGGAUAGUUUUGUGAGUUGUCGCUACUAUCGACUCGCUAGUAAAUGAAAUAAAUCCGAGUAGAUGUUUACAUGUUUUAUCAUAUACGCGUUUCAGUUUUGUUUUUGAAGGAACAUUUUUUAGUGAUUUAUGUAAAUCAUAUUCAAUAACAACAACAAGGAACAAGGAAAAAUGUCCUCGGAGGACAGACAGAAACGCAAACGGUGGAGUGUGCGCGAAGUAAAAUGCUUACUAAAGUGCUAUUUGGCUCAUAAGGAUGAGUUUGUUCAUUCCCGAAAAAAGAGGUUGGCAUAUAACAAUGUUUUGGAAGACAUGAUAGCGGACGGUUUCGUGGAUCCAUCGGCAACGGUGAUAACACUGGAAAACAAAAUAAGAACUUUACAUUCCACAUAUAAAGCUGCGAAAGCAAAUGAGGGCAAACCUACCGGCUUAACAAACUGUUUUCCAUUUAUGGAAGAAAUGGAAGAAGUUUUUGGAGACAUGGAUUUUAGUUCGAAUGAUCAUAGACUACAAAUGGGAAUAAGCAGUGAAAAUUCAUUUUCAAUGUCACCAACAGAUACAGUUUUUACAGCGGACGAUAUAUUAAUACCAGAUCUAACUUAUCCGGAAUUACACAUUAAAACAUCACCACCUUCAUCACCUAUACCGCAGCCAGAAAUUAAAUCGUCACCACCAUCUUCCCCUUCUUCCUAUACACCCAUGAAAUCACCAUCGGUACCAACUUCAUUGUCUCAAAUACAGUCUGUAUCGGCAUCAUUGCCUCAAGUUUCAAACCGAAAGCGUCGGAGGAAAACCGCCCGUGAAAUUUAUUAUGAGCAGAAAUUAAAAAUUAAACAAAAGUUGGCAGAAAAUAAAAUGGAGGAGAGAAGAAGACUAAAUCAGUCAAUUUUAGAGGUACUUAAGGAUGCUGAAAAGAAAAAAUUAGAGAUGCUGAAAUCGUAUUUGAAGUAGAAGCUUCAGACUAUUUAUUAAAAACGUUGGGUAAAUGUUUUCUUAAAUAGUUUUUUUUGUUUGUUUUCAGAAGUUAUUUAUCAUAUGUACAAAAUAAAAAUAAAAAAAAAAUAUGUAACAAAAAAUGUAUUGUUUUUGGUUUUGCGUUUGCGUUAAUGAUUUGAUGAUGAUCAUUGGCUUGUACUGCCUUCCUCUUAGAGAUUUAAUUCUUGACUUCAUAUACACACUAACUCAUAUAUUUCUGUUAAUUAUUGAAAUAUUUUAGUUGAUGGUAUUUU